GAAACAGCUUGCAUAGAUGUACCCCUAGUCAGUUGCUCGCCGGACUUCAUCAAAGGUGUACCUACAACCGCUGGCAUCCAAAUUCGCUAAAAUAUGCACCGGUAUAUGAAGAAAAAAAGAAAACUUAUAUUAAAAAGUGAAACUGCUAAGAAUCUUCGUCAAGCCAACCGCAAUGAGGUGAAUUGAAUUGGGGUGAAGUAAAUUAAAAAAUUAUUUCAUAAUCGCAAACAGCGCAGUAAGCAGCGCUCGAAAUUCCGAUUCGAAAUAAUAAAAAAAAGUGAUAAUCGUUGCCGCUGGCACCCAAACAAAGGCGUGUGCGCGCGAAAUGUUGCCAGCCACAUGUUGCAGCCAGCCACAUUUGAUACGCUUCAGUGGCUUUGAGCGGCAAGAGUGCGCACGAAUCUUCAUCUCAAGCCACUGCGCGGUUGAGUAGAUGCUACAAACAAGCGCUAAUUCGAAGACAAGUCUGCAGCUGGCGCCCGCGAAGAACGAACGUUGUAAAAUAUUUACCAAUUGAUUUCGCAUUAUUUGCGCUCAAGUCGAGAUUGAAAACGCAAGUAAUAGGACGCACACGCACCCCGCCGCGCACCGAGCAUUAGCCGCCUGAUUUACGAUCGGAACGGAAAUUAUAUGCCUUUGUGCGUCAUGCCAGCCGCUGAUAAGAGUGAACUCGAAUAGCCAGCACUUUCGUUUAUCAGCAGCGUGAAUUUACAAUGUAUAUAUAUUAAUAAAAUAAUACGACAAAAACAACAACAACGCCAUUUGUGUGAAACCAUUUAUUAUGUGCUACAUACCUAUAUUGGUCAGUGUCACGCUCUGUGGGGCCAAACGCCUAGCCAGCCAGCAGCGCAUUCGACGCGUAAUCGCCCAAGAGUGAAAAAUACUGGAAGCCCACUUUGGUGUUUAUUUAGUUUGUUUCAAAAGGGAAAUAUUUCCAGUUUUUAGCGGUGAUAUCUAUUGAAUAACACGCGCGUACUCCAAGCACCCAGUGCAGACCAACGUAAAACGCGUCGAGCCCCCUUUUGUUGGACGCGCACAAAAUUUUCAAGCUGAUAAACUACGACCACAACAAGCCACACACACACACACACACACAGCUCAAACACAAUAACUACUCUUCUUGUUUGCUUGAUCGAGUCUUGAUCUCGUGCUGCGCGCGUUCAGUUUACUUUUGUACGUCGCGCCGUCCGCAACAUGUCACGCGUGCAGCAUCUUGUGUUUACUCUCCUUGCGUUCAGCGCCUGCUCUCUACCGCACAUCGCAGCGCAGUCGGGUCUGUGGUCAUUGAGUUUGGGCCCUACUUCACUCUUCAAUAUUCCGGAACUUGGUCGUUCCUUUUUGAAAUCGGUUGGUGUUGGUCCCGAAAAUCUAUUAAAUACAGUGGAUUUUCAUUCGCGCGUAGAUCCAAAUGUGUUAGAGGAUUCGCAUUUGACAACGCCGGAGUUAAUAAACAAAUACGGAUUUCCCUCUGAAAUACAUCACACCAUCACAGAUGAUGGUUACAUUUUGGAGUUGCAUCGCAUCGUUAGGAAAGACGCCACACCAGUGUUGCUAAUGCAUGGAUUAUUGGAUUCGUCAGCGACAUGGGUGAUGAUGGGGCCCGAUAAGGGAUUAGCCUAUCUCCUCUACAACUCCAGCUAUGAUGUAUGGAUGCCGAAUGUGCGCGGCAACACCUACUCGCGCAAUCACACCAAGUACAGUACGAAACGUGCGAAAUUCUGGGAUUUUACCUUCCAUGAAAUUGCCAAAUAUGAUUUACCGGCCAGCAUUGAUUACAUACUGGCACAGACGGGCCAAGAGAGACUACAAUACAUUGGACACUCACAGGGCACUAUGACCUUUUGGAUAAUGUGCAGCGAGCGUCCAGAGUAUAGUGAUAAGAUUAUAUCAAUGCAGGCAUUGGCGCCUAUAGCCUAUAUAAAGCACAGCAAAAGUCCGGUGGUGGAUUUUUUGGCUUACUUUCAAGAGCCAAUCGGGAUACUUUUGAAACUCAUUGGCGCUCAUGAAUUCUUACCCAGCACCGAAUUCAGGGUAAUGUUCAGUCAAUUAAUCUGCGAUGAGGAUGUCAUUAUAAUGGAAAUUUGUUCAAAUAUAUUAUUUUUGAUCGUCGGUUUCGAUAAAUCGGAGGCAAACGAGACAAUGCUGCCUGUUGUCCUCGGCCACUCACCCGCGGGUGCCUCCACCAAGCAAAUGCAGCAUUACGGCCAACUAAAACGCUCGGGAGAAUUCCGCCAAUUCGAUUACGGUUGGAUACGCAACUACUGGAUCUACAAUCAGAUCACACCGCCCAAUUAUAAUUUGAAGAAAGUGCGCAGCAAAGUGGCGCUGCACUACUCACAAAACGAUUGGCUGGCGACGCCAAUCGAUAUCGAGGAACUCCACGUGCAGCUACCGAAUGUGAUCGGUAAAUUUCUAGUGAGCUUUCCGAAGUUCAGUCAUUUGGAUUUUGUUUGGGGCGUGGAUGCACGUAAGCUGUUGUACGAUCGAAUUUUGCGGCUGAUGAAAUUGGUUGAGCGUGGAGACCUUUGAAGCAAAACCGAAUUUUCACGAAUUUCUAUAGCUCUUUAAGGUAUCUGUACGCGUAAGUGAUAUGUACAUAUAUAAAUUUUAACUUACAUACGUCUAUAUUUAAGUCCUUUUACGUGGGUAUUAUAGAUAUUAUUUUUACAGUCAUGUGUAAAAUAAUAGGUACACGACAUUUUGACCGUCUUGACUAACUAUUGUUCUUUCGUUUGUUUAAUGUUUGAUAUUUCUUUUUAAAAACACAGCUUAUCUUCUAACAAAAACUGUAAAAGUCUAAAUUUAAAAUUUUGUAGAAGAAGUAGUAGAAGUAAUCUUUAAUCAAAAACAAGACUGACUUCAAUUUUCAUAUAAAAGUGUAAGAGUACCGUUAAUUUCUUAAUGAUACAAUGAUCAGAUCUAAACCAAAUUGUUAUGGGAUUACCUCUGUGGUACCACCUUUCCUAAUAAAAAAAGAAUUAUA